AUGUGGCCAAAGUGUUUCUUUUUUGUUUUACUCCUUCUUUCUCUCACGUACACAUUCGUGGCGGAUGCUGUGCUCGUGCCGUUUCCUCCUAACUUUUAUGUCACUAUUGGCACGACAAUUCCAUUUCCCUUAUCUACACCUGUAGCACAAAGCGGUGCUAUUUAUCUUUCUAAUCAGACAAGACAAUUACGCAUUGAUAAUUUCUUUCUUGGAAGCCAAUAUUCAUUUAUUGCAGAUGGUAUUCGACGGCGCGGUUAUAUAUUAGAGACCCACGCCCCUGGAAGUUUUGGUGAGCAGAAUGAAGGAAAACGUAGUUUCUGCCGUACUUUUGAAAUGGCUGGUGAUGUUUCUACGUUUGGGGUACCAGAAGGCUUUGUAAAGCAUGCAGAGAAGAACCUUGUACGGGGUGUUGAGGUUGUGGGAUAUACAGGGUAUGACCGCGAUAGUUCAGGGCCGAUGCAACAGGUAGAGUACUAUGUCCGUAAUGUCACUUUCCGCUUACCAGGACGUGUAAAGGGUACAACAGAAGAUGUUGUCUUUACAAUUCCCUGGCGAAUACAGACGCGCCGACAGCAACAGGCUCUUAAAGAGUUAACAGAUAGUCCUGUUACAGUGCCAAAUUGGCGUUACUUUGGAGGCCCUUUCUUUGACGAAGUAGUUAUGCCUGAUGAACCAUUCACAAAUGAGCUAGAAAGACUGAUGGGGGAUACAACAGUUACUGUUGAUUUUUAUAAUUUUGUCCCUAUUGUGCCGGAUCCAUCCGUGUUUUCAGUACCAUCUGAUUGUGAGGAGGCUGUUGCAGAACCUACAAGUAAUGUGGAUAUUACACUGGCACAACGGCUUUUGGUAGAUUUAAGUUUUUACACUACAGCAGGACGCCAGGUACUUGGGGAGAAGUCCCAGGCCUUGUGA